ACAUCUCCAACAUCGCAAGCCUGGGUACAACCUGUCCUCACCCACGCCAACCAGCGCCGCCUCGCAACCCCCCCCCCCCCUGGCGCAUAACGGCUCUUGAGCCCUCCAUCCGCGGACGCCCUUCAUUCUGUUCGGAAUCUUCAUCUCAGAAUCGAUAUCUACCACCCUUGAAGACUUCAGGACCCCCACCCCCCUUGAGAGCGGUUCCCCUUCCACCCCCGAAAGCGAACCGAAACGGAGAUACGGUACAAGGCAGGAAAUCGAACAACCUCAAGUUAUACCGACCGCCGAACAUACAGAAGCCUCGACUGCACCCAUCCCACUACAAUGUCGAACUACUACCCCCAGCAAUCGUACGGCCCCGGCCCGGGAACCGGCGCCCAGAACCUUCAAUUCUACCCCUCCUCAUACUCCCCCGCCGACGCCGUCUCGGGCCACGCGACCCCACAACAAGCCUCGUACGGCUACGGAGGCCAACCCUCCGCCGGACAGUUCGGCGGCAGCGCCGCCGCCGCCUUUGGCGCCCCUCCAGGCGUCUCGGGUCGCAUGGGCGAGCAGGGCGGCCUGCGCACCGGGUGGCUCGCCGCCUUCUCGACCGAGGGCUACGAUGGCGAGCCGCCCUUGCUCGAGGAGCUGGGCGUUAACUUUGGGCACAUCCGAGCAAAGACACUCGCAGUUCUCAACCCGUUCCGUCGCAUCGACCAACACCUAAUGGACGACAGCGACCUUGCCGGCCCCCUCCUCUCCUUUCUCCUUUACGGUACCUUCCUCCUCUUCGCCGGCAAGGUCCACUUCGGCUACAUUUACGGCCUCGCCCUCCUCGGCAGCACAUCACUGCACAUCAUCCUCUCCCUCAUGACUCCGACCGACGCCCACCCUUCAGCCUCGUCCCACCAGUCCGCGCCCCAGUACGGCGGUCCCGUCGGUGUCGGCGGCGGGUACCCUGGCGGACCAGGCCCCGACGACCACGACCACCCCUCUCGCACCGGCCACUUCUCCGCAACCCUCACUUUCGCCCGUUCCAGCUCUGUGCUCGGCUACUGCCUCCUCCCUCUUGUCGCCACCAGCCUCUUCGGCAUCGUCAUGCCCAUGGACACCCCGCUCGGCAUCGUCCUGACCACCAUGGCCAUCUUGUGGUGCACCUAUUCGGCCUCGGCCAUGUUCUGCGCCGUCGGCCGCAUGAGAGGCAUGCGCGGGCUCGUGGCUUACCCUCUGGCGCUGUUCUACGUCGGCUUCGGCAUCAUGGGAAUCUUCAGCUCUAGAGGGAGCGGCGGGUCGUUGGCCAAGGCCGCGGCCGGUCUGAAGGGAUGAAGAGUCGCAGGGGAGAGUAAGAUGGGAAAAUCACAUUACCAGCACAGACAUUGGUACCCUUUGAUUCAAGCAGACGAGCGGGCCUAGAGCACCACGUCGGGAUAGAAAGUUUCUCCAGCAUGUCUUAGCGAGACCAGAGGUUUCGUGUCCAAAAAGAGGAUGGAAUUCAACAGGAGCCCAAAAAAGGAGUCAUGGUACACCAC